UUCUCAUUUCUUGUGCUCGGGUGCAAAUAUUGGUGGGAAAAUCGGCGACGACGGGGAUACUCACCCGCCCCAAAUAUUUCGCCCGAUGACGACCAUGGUCGUGGUGCUGCAGAUGAGGUCAUUGCAGAAAUUGUUAACAGACGGGAACAAGUGCCUGUAAAACUUCCCAAACCACAAAGUAAUGCAAGCACAAUUAAACAAAGCAGCCCCACGUCUAAAGCUGCUAUAAGUCAGUCUUCUAUGAAACAAAGCACUUCCAGCAGAGUAACUGUGAAUGGUGAGCUCAAUCAAAUUUAUUUACUGCCAGAGUCAAAAUAAUGUACAAUUUUCUCUUGAUUUUAUAGAUCCUACAAGAAAUCAGUUAACGGACGAUGAAAUGCAAUUGAUCAUUGGGAAUCAAACCUUAGUAAAUAAUGCAACCCAGCCAGCUUCCUGUCCACUAAAUGAGGCGAAGCAUGUAAAACUGAUUCCCAUCGAAAAUCUCGUCGUUCCUCGAACAUUUAGCGACGCAAUACAACAAGCAUAUCCCUGCAUGGCCAUUCCCCCAUCUCAUUUAGACAUUGAUAAAGUUUUAUCUCUAACAAAAGUUGAAAAAUCCCAAAGUCACGCAGACCUUGUGCUGAAACCGAUUCCGAGCGGGUCUCGCAACCGCGUUAUUUUUAUGGAGCCAGAUAUUGAGGAGGCAAAAUUGUUCAGUGGACCUUCAGGCUAUCCGAUGCCACCAGCACCACCAAUGGAUCAAAGAGAUGACCUAACUCUUGAGCAAAGGAAGGAAGAACAAAACAAGUUUUUGAGAGCAUGUUGGAGGAAUGAGAUGCGGCGAAGGCGUUCUCUGUGUAGUAUCAGCAGCAAUGACGAUCUUGUUGAUGCAGAGUUGUACAACUCAAUCUUAAAAAAAGCCAAGAUGAACUCUGCAAGAAAAGUAAAAAGCAUGCCAACAAUGGUUAUUCAGCCCUUUGGAAGAGUCCCAUCCUUUACUACCACAUACAGUACGGAUGCCCUUGGGGAUUCGCCGAUUUUGAGCCCCCCAACACCUCUGGGAUCGGAUGGCAGCUCCAGCCAGAGGUCUACAAAUUUUUCGAGAUCUUCUUCCAUGGGCAGCUUUCAUGAUGAUUGGAAAAAUGCCAUGAAAUCAGAAUCCUACUCUAGAAAGGCGUUUAGGAUAUCAAAUGAAGGGACACGUCACACGUCAAAAACUUCGAUUUGGUCCACGGUGGCUUCAGAGAAUGCGGCUGACGUUGUUCAGGAAUCAGAGGACGACGAAACUGACCGAUGGGAUGCGCCACCGCCGAAUGUUCCAGCCAUAAUUAAUUUCCUUGAAGCGCCUUCGCACAAUAAUUCAGUAAAUGCGACUGCGGGAAAUGCUGACGAAGACGAAGAUGAUCCUGGGGAUACAUUAUCUCCUCAACUACUGGAAAGCAAGCCGAGCAUUGGCAGAAAACAAUCUUUAACUGCUCUGGAUUUUAUUGUGAAAUCUGUGAAAUCCGUUGGGUACGCCCCCAAGAAGGAUGACUCGAUCAGGUCUAUGACACCUCUGGAGUCUGACCAACUACCUUCCGGAAUAUUUGUGCCAGUCACAAAGUCAAAAACUUCCUCCGAACUGCUUGGAGAGGAAUCCUCCAUAACACACUUGUUUCAACAAAGUCCACAUAGUUUCUGGAGCACUUCGAUACAAUCUCCAUCAAUUAAGAGAGUCUCCUCAUGAUCGCAUCAUAUUAUGGCAUUUAUUAUUUAGACAGUAUGGCGUUUAGAAGUACCAAAAAACAUGGCCUAUCACAAAGUCUCAAUAAAAUAGAAUAAGUCUUACAUGGUAAAUAUGCCUAAUUAAAUGUAUACCCAAACAGGAAAAUUUAUAAUGUUAGUCCUUCAAUUAUCAAAUCAAGUAUUAAAAUAAAAGAAUGUGUGGUGAUAUUUACUAUACACGAAUACUGGUUGCAUGCUUUCGCACGAUAUUAUCAUAGUCGUUAAUAUAAAAUAAUAA